AUCUCUUACCUCACCGCUACCAAAGAUGCAGCAAGCAGACACCGUAUUCCAAUCGCGCUCGGACGGAAUCUCGGCUGAAGGAGUCCGGGACCAGUAUGCCGACGGGAAGGCGGCCAAGGUCUGGGAAAUCUUCAUCGGUGACAAAAAGUCCCGCACGGAGAACUACCGCAACUUUUUGGUCGAAAAACUACGGGACAACGGGUGCAAGCGGAUUCUGGAUGUGGCCUGCGGCACCGGGGUGGACUCCAUCAUGCUGCUGGAGGAAGGCUUCGAGGUUGUGUCAAUCGAUGCCUCCGACAAGAUGCUCAAGUAUGCACUGAAGGAACGCUGGAACAGGAGAAAGGAAGUCACCUUCGAUAAGUGGAUUAUUGAGGAGGCCAAUUGGUUGACACUGUACGAUGACAUCGAGCAUCUGAUUGGCGAUGGCUUCGAUGCGGUCAUGUGUCUUGGAAAUUCGUUCGCCCAUCUGCUGGAUAAUUACGGUGAUCAGCGGGAGCAGAUUCAAGCUAUCAGCAACUUUGAAAAGUGCGUCAAACCCGGUGGUCUGUUGUUGAUUGAUCACAGAAAUUACGACAACAUCAUGGAUACUGGAGCGGCACCUGCCAAGAGCAUCUAUUAUAAUAGUAGACACACGGCUGACAUCAAAACAUCGGUGUUGUACGUCGCCUCUAAACCCACACUGGUCACUAUGGAUUACGUCAUCAGCACGGGACGGGGAGACACGAGCGAAUUCCGUUUGUCCUACUAUCCCCACAAGCUGUCCGUAUUCGAGAAUAUUCUGAAGAACAUUUUCAAGGAUCCAGUUUCCUCCGAAAUCUAUGGUGACUUCAAGCCCAUUGACAAGGUUACCAACCCAGCCUUCUACAUUCACGUGGUGCAGAAAAACAAAUAGAUGAAUUGCUUCCUUGGUGUAGUAAAGUACACGAGUGAUCUACGACUGUGUCAAGUCUCGGAUAUAACCACUAAUUAAGAGAAAUAAAUGCCGACAUUGAUGAUUUAA